AUGAGCCCGACUCGGGAGCGGAAUGACUGCCGCGUAACAGGGCUGACAGAACGAAGUUGCUGUUCUGGAGACUCACUCUCCCCCACGGCCCCCGGCCCCGCUCCACACGCCGGGCCCCGCUUCACACGGCUUCCCCUCUUUCUUCGUUCGUGGCGCACCCCCCUAAAAGGCUCCCCCGACCCCGCGCUCUUUGGUUCACCCGGCUCCCUUUAUAGUCCCCUGGCCCAACCUUCCGGUUAUCAUUUCUUCGUCUUCGGCUCCUUCUGCUUCUUCGCCUGUUUGUCCGCCUGCCUCUUGCCCUCCCUCUCGCCUCGCAUUGCUUCUAAACGCGUUCAUUUUUGUCGGAGAUUACGGUGUGAGCAGUGGCAGCAGCAUUCUACGUAUCGUUUCCUUUUUGUUUGUGCUCGACCGUUUUUGGAACUAGCAGUAAUGGCCUCUGUGAUGAGAUCAGUGAAGAACUUCGCCCUUGUGGCUGUCAUCGUCGGCUGCUCUGCUGCCGUGAGUGUGAAUGCUCAAGCCGCGGCCCCUGCGCCUCCUCCCUCAAAUGACGUCGCGGCCAUGGUGCCUGCCGUUGUAGCUCCCGUCGCCGCUGGUCUCUUGGCGUUCCUUGCUGCGCACAUUUUUUGAAGAGAGUUUGGGUGCAGGACGUGCCUAGCAUGUGGGUUUUGGGAGGAUGGGAUGUUGGACUGUAUUGGAGGACAACUGGCUAAGCUUGUGGAAUGCGCCGUGGGACGCGAUCGGGCCCUUCGUGCGAUGUAGUUGAGCUUUCCAUUACGGGACGGUGUGGAGCGUCUUGGCGGAGUUUUUCAAGAUGUCCUAUUAGUGGCAGGAUUUUUGGGCUUGUUGUUAAUGGAGCGGUGUAGCUGCAGUACGUUUGAAGGUCGCCGUUGCACAGGAAGCAUUUUUCUCGUAACAUUCAAGCCAAUGUGUAAAAUUUGUGAUAAAACGUAGGGUAGCAUUUGAACAAGAGGUGUGUCUUCACGGCCAUUGAAUUCCUGUGGCUUUGUUCCUGUGAAGGAUGACCAUUGAUAGAGAAGAUUUCAUUUAUAUUACGUGACAAACAUGUCCAUGGGUACUCUCUGGUCGCUGUUUGUGGGCUUGCCGAAUAAAACGAUGAGAUUUCAUCUUUAAAUA